AUGUUGUUGAUGUCGUGUCUAUAUUUAGAAACAGAGUUUACAUAAAUUAUGAUUUUACUAAAGCAAACAGUAAAAUUUUCUCGAGUAGGAAGCAAAGUAAAUCAAAGGAGUGCGCUGCUGCGGGGUGUGGCUGUGCAGGAUGGUGCAUCUCGAGAUGACCAGUGCUUCAAACACAUUGACCAUUAACGACCUGCCUAAUGAAAUACUCAUCUAUAUAUUUUCCAUGAUAGAUUUUGAGUCUCUCCUAGCUGUGGCUAAAGUCUGUACCCGAUGGCAACAGCUCUGCCUAACCCCGUGCGUCUGGGAUAAUACCCGCCUCAUAGUCUGUAUGAAAAACUAUAUGAGGAUUAGUGAGAACAUUGUGCCUUUUGUAGCCACGUACUUAAAAAAUGUUAAAUUGCAGUAUUUCAAGUUGUAUUCACAAGUCAGGGCUUCCUUAAUAAGCUAUUGUCCUAAUUUGACUCAUCUAGAAAUAAGUAUUUCACAAGUGGACAGCUGUAUAUUUGAUGAUCUGGUGCAUUGGCCUAAUUUGAAAUUUUUAAGUUUCCGGAACUCACUUAUAGUACAAAAUCCAGAAAACUCUAAUGGGAAUUUUGUAUAUCACUUGCCAUUUGAAAGAUUAAAGUAUCUUGAAACGCUAAUACUCUCAAAUUUUGCUUUAACCCACAACAGUUUGUAUAGUAUGCUACAAUGUCCAAAUUUGAUUAGCAUUAAUAUGGAGAAAAUGAAGAAUAUUCCUGCAGAUUUUUUGGAGUCAUUGCUUCGAACCAAACAGGCUACUUUAAGAGCACUGCACAUAUAUGGAGAUACAUUGAAUGAUGACAUAAUGCGCUAUAUAUCCACCUGCAGAAUGCUACAAGUUCUGCACAUAAUGACCUGUAAGACACUGUUUGACUCCAGUUUGCUGCAUUUGUACAGACUCAAGAAUUUGCAGUCAUUAAAGUUGCGUCACGGAUAUUUCUCGACAACAGCUUUGCUUGCAUAUUUUUCUAAUAACACAUUUCAUCAUUUGACCUACCUGAGUUUAUCAAGAUGCUUACAUGUUACGAUGCAGGUAGCUAGAGCUAUCAAAACAAGCGCACCAAACCUGAAAGAACUGUCAUUCUAUCUGUGCCCAUUCAUCAUUGCCCCUGAUUUCAAUAGGUCAGAGUUAGAGCAAAUGUUUGAUAUACAGCUGCUUCUUGAUUAAAAUUAAAGGUUGUUAACAUUAUGUUACAAAUCAAAGGCAUCUUAGGUAUCCGUCCACCUAUCAGCGUUGUAUUUAAAAUAAUUUAUUCAUGAUAGUUGUUCCAUGUCAUAAGGUAAUUUCAUAUUGUGUGUCAUUUAAUUUAUAAAACUAGAUAUAACUUGGGAGUCUGUGGGCUGUCAUAUGUUGUGUGUGCUAACGGCCUUCAAUAGUCCAUUGCUGGACAUAGGCCUCUCGAAAGAAAUGUACUCAAUAAUGAAAACAGGGGUGGUUUAUUUAAAGGAUGUUAAGCUCAACUAGUCAAACUGUUGAAGUUAAUCUUCUAAACUCUGUACUAUACAAUGGGAGUUGCUAUUUUAAAAGUGACUUAUUAUUUACAAUAUUAUAUUUAGUAGAGAAUAUUAUGUAUUAAAAAUUUUAAGAGGUAUUGCGUAUGAUUGUGAACAAUUACAGUGAGAAUUGGCUAAAGCCAAUUUUGCAUGUAGCAUUUGAUUUGAUAUAGUGAAAUAUUCUUUAGAUUGUUUUUGGUGGAUGUAUGGUUGUAUGUACCUACAUAUAUUGAAUGUAGUAUAAUUUAAUUUAAUGACUUCAGUAUUUGAAACAGUAUUGGUUAUUGCCAAACUUACUGCGUGUGCAUUGUACAGUGAAUUUUCCAGUAUGACUUUGAAAGGGCAAUUUGGCUUGAAAAAAUGUACAUUGUUGUAAGUUAGAAAAACAAACAUUGUCAAUUCACUGAAGUGCCUUAUUAAUCAAGUGAUAGUAUAUUUUUUACACUGGUUGGAAGCAGGACUUCACUUGUAAGAUCAUUCUUUGUAAAUAGAUAAUUUUAUAUUAGUUUAGAUAUUC